AUGGCCAACAUGGGCAGCAGUGGCAACGUGACCACCAGCCCUCGUCGUCGGUACACACGAGCGUCCACCACCAGCGUCACUCAGCUGUUAUCAGAUGGAUACUCCAACAUCAUGAACCGACUCACACGAAGAGGACCCUCCGAGAAAAACGAUCAUAUGAUUGAUACGAAGUUAACAGCUGCUCGUAAUCGCUACGACGACAAAUUACUAUCAAACAAUAAUUCAGUAUUAACAAAUGUCCGACGUUACGAAAACAGUAGAAAAAUAUCCCCAUACAAACCGUUCACCUCCACUAUAACGGCGACUGCGAAAAAGUUUGGAGACGACCGCGGAUACUCGGGUUACCUGAGCUCGCCCAAGACCCGGAUAGACACAUCACCUGUGCUAUCAAGUCCCAGUAUGAGCGCUCUCACCCGCAGUGACUCAUUUCGCAGGGCUUCCAAGAAAGAUAAUAAAUCAUCACCGUUCACCAAACGAUAUCCUCUCAAGGAAACUAAUAAUAACACACUAGAAAGUACAAUUGCUUUAGGUAGUACACGCAGCCGUUUAGAAGAUAAAUACUCCUCGGUUUUAGACAAAAUAGCUAUUCAGAAGAAAGAGAGAGCUAAGAAGGAGAAAGAAGACCGUGACAAAACUUUAGAACCUGAACCGGCUUCUUUUUCUAGGGGAUUAAUGAGAAGCUUUACGACUGCUGUAUUCGGAGAGAAUUCUUUUAAAAGAAAUAAUUAUUCGCGAGAAAAAACAAGGGAUAAGACGCCGUUCAGAAAUACGACUGAUCGUCGUUUACCGUCUAGUCAUAAACAAAGCUCUAAAAACGAAUUAAAAAAUGGGUUCGAUGCGUCUCUGAGAGAUGGAAACCAAUUUAUGAAGGAUAGGGAUAGUGUUUAUAGAAAACACCACAGGAGGUCACUCAAAGUAGAGAAAAGCAGUAGUGAUAAGAGAAGUGGCAAGCUAUCUUUAAGGCCGAUCGAUAUCAGCUUACAAUCUGGCACGAGAGACUUAAUCUCACCGAUACAACAAGAAAUCAAAUAUAAGCCGACGAAAACGCCUGCCUCCUCCCCGGUCUGCGAAGGCCGGCAGAAACAAAUAUACUUCCCUUCGAGUGACGAGGACGACGAUAAGACUCCGGUGGGCGACCGAGCGCUCACGGAACGAGAGACGCGAAGGAAAGAAAUACAGGGACUGAUCAUGAAAUACGCACAUCUGGAUGAGGUGUACGCUCGGAUCACUGAGAAGGAACCCAACGGAGUCUCCAAAGAUAUAGUGCCGAGGAAAUUGGAGCCUAUCGGAGUCGGGGAUGUGGUGGCCUUACCACCAGAGCUAAGGAGUCGACAUCGACCACAGCGGCCGCGGCACCUCAUGAGGCACGCGGCCACGCCGCCUAGCUCCCGGGCACGCUCCUCCGUCAAGGACGACAAGGACGGACAUCUGGUGUACUGGCCCGGAUAUGUCAUGGGAGCGAGAUACAAAAUCAUCGAGACGCUCGGUGAGGGAACCUUCGGGAAGGUGGUCGAAGUGAAGGAUCUCGAAAUGGAGCACAGAAUGGCUCUGAAGAUUAUAAAAAAUGUGGAGAAGUACAGAGAGGCUGCGAAAUUAGAAAUAAACGUAUUAGAAAAAUUAGCUGACAUUGACCCCGAUUGUAAGAACCUGUGUGUGAAGAUGCUGGACUGGUUUGAAUAUCACGGACACAUGUGUAUCGCGUUUGAGAUGCUCGGACAAAGUGUAUUUGACUUCCUGAAAGACAACAACUACCAGCCGUACCCGCUGGAGCAGGUGCGUCACAUAUCGUACCAGCUCAUACACAGCGUGCUGUUCCUACACGACAACAAGCUGACACACACGGACCUCAAGCCGGAGAACAUACUGUUUGUGGACAGCGACUACGAGGUCGUCAGUGUGUACAACACAUCCAAGAAGAAGCACGAUCUCCGUCGCGUGAAGCGUAGUGACGUCCGUCUGAUAGACUUCGGCAGCGCUACCUUCGACCACGAACAUCACUCGACUAUAGUGUCCACCAGACACUACCGGGCGCCGGAGGUUAUACUAGAGCUGGGUUGGUCCCAGCCGUGUGACGUGUGGUCCAUCGGCUGCAUCAUGUUCGAGCUACACUUGGGCAUCACGCUGUUCCAGACACACGACAACAGGGAACACCUCGCUAUGAUGGAGAGGAUACUGGGACCCAUACCCUACAGAAUGGCAAGAAAAACAAGGACGAAAUAUUUCUAUCACGGCAAAUUAGACUGGGAUGAAAAAUCGUCAGCGGGCAGAUACGUUAGAGAGAACUGUAAACCAUUAUUAAGGUACCUCCAGACUAACAGCGAGGAGCUCCGCCAGCUGUUCGAGCUGAUCGGCCGCAUGUUGGAGUACGAGCCCUCACAGAGGAUCACGCUGCGGGAGGCGCUGCAGCAUCCCUUCUUCAGCAAACUACCGCACAACCAGAGACUAGGAAUGCUACCAGCCAAGGGAGCAUUCGGCAGUGACCGCGCGCGCUGCAACGGAGAGAGCUCGGCGUCCCGCGAGCGGUCUCACUCGCUGAGCCGGUGA